GUAAAAAGCAUACAUUGUUCUCAAGAGAAACAGGCAAAGGAACUCAGAGAGGAGACUUCGGCUACCAAAAUUAGACGGCGCUACUUAAAUAUUCGACUCCACKGGAAAAUGUCGAUKUGGAGAACGCCUUUGGCGCUGGCCAUUGCAGCUGUCGCAGCAGCGGUCCCAUCGAUUUCUCUGGUGAAUGCCUUCUCGUUCAUAGACCACCACCCAAUACAACAKCAAUCGUCGAAUCUGUCUUCUGGGUUCCAGCUGCGCAUGGUGGCAUCAACGCCGCCAGCGAAAUCCGGAGCCACCACUCAAUACCCGAAUCCCAAGCUGACYGAUCCAUGGUAUUCCACGCGAAUUCAAAAAGAUAUGGAGUACUCCACAAAUGUCAGGUCACUCUACAUUCGACACGUGGUGGUAGAACGAAAGGAAACGGCUGAAUUGGCCCUGGAUUGGUACAUGCAGCUGAGUUCGGGGGAAACAAUCACCAGCACCGGCGAUGACGACGACGAUAUCGUGGUGCUCACGACGAGCCGAGAUCCGUUCGGGGAUGUAGCGAAACAGUUGUCGGCGUGUUCUAUGACCCGGGAUGAGGGCGGAAAAAUCGGUUGGGUGGAUAUUCCUUCGGGGGAGGAAGACAGCGASAACUCUUCCGCRGAAUUGACGUUUGCGUCUCUUAUUCCGCUAGAUAUUCUGGAAAAGCUCGUUGAGUUGCAACCAAAAGCCGGUGACGUACAUAUUGUUGGCCCGAGUUCUAUGACRAACCAGGUUCACGUCAUUCGUGUGGAAGAAUUGUACGUACCAAAUGUAUUGCCCAAAAUGAUCCAUAAGGUUUACGACAAGAAACAAAACGACGACAAAGACAUAAAAUUGGGAUCCUUUAGCGGUGUGAACGCUCUGAUUCCGCGGAACAAAYUGAAGGGCCAUGGUGUCAUGCCCACAGUGCCAAAAUUCGAACGACGAAGCGGAACCAAAGAAAAGGAGGAGGACCAACACCAAAGGACUUACGCGAUUCAAACCAAUGGGUGCCAGAUGAAUGUUGCGGAUUCCGAGCGGCUCGAGGGGAUUUUGCAGGACGAACUGGGACUAGUGCCUGUCUCUGAUAGGAGCAGCAAGGAGGAAAUCAACCGYGCCGACGUCAUCAUYUUCAACACCUGCAGCAUCCGUGACCACGCMGAACAAAAGCUCUACGACGCGCUUGGUCCGUUCCGUGCCCGGAAGCGGCAAAAAAGCUCUGAAGACAGCAACUUUGCGCUUAUCGUCACAGGUUGUGUCGCCCAGCAAGAAGGAAAGGCACUGCUGCGAAAGAUUCCGGAAAUCGACGUGGUACUGGGCCCGCAAUAYGUUCCCUAUCUGGGAUCUGUGCUGGAACAAAUCGAGUGGGGCCAUCAGCUAGUGGUUACCGCMCCAACKAUCAUCGCCGACAAUUACAAGGCAGCAGGGGCUACGACGACAACGACGACACCAACAACAGUGGAAAUAGAUCGGAGCAGCAAGGCAACAGACACUGUUCUCAACAAUGAUUCGGAUCAGGUUGGUUCAUCCGAACCGUCCCUCGGUGGCUUGGCCCAGAAAUCGGCUUCGYCUGUAUCGAUCGAGCUUCCAGAAAACGAUGACUUUUCGGCCAAGCCCAUACGCGGACACUCCGUUCGAGCGUGGGUCAAUGUUAUUUACGGCUGUAACGAGCAUUGCACAUAUUGUGUGUGAGUAAAUCCUUUUGAWCCUUCUCUAACAUWACGUU